UCAUCAUCAUCAUCAUCAUCAUCAUCAUCAUCAUCAUCAUCAUCAUCAUCAUCAUCAUCAUCAUCAUCAUCAUCAUCAUCAUCAUCAUCAUCAUCAUCAUCAUCAUCAUCAUCAUCAUCAUCAUCAUCAUCAUCAUCAUCAUCAUCAUCAUCAUCAUCAUCAUCAUCAUCAUCAUCAUCAUCAUCAUCAUCAUCAUCAUCAUCAUCAUCAUCAUCAUCAUCAUCAUCAUCAUCAUCAUCAUCAUCAUCAUCAUCAUCAUCAUCAUCAUCAUCAUCAUCAUCAUCAUCAUCAUCAUCAUCAUCAUCAUCAUCAUCAUCAUCAUCAUCAUCA